CUCAGAAUUCUGACUACUCAGAAUUCUGACUUUAAUCUCAGAAUUCAGAAAGUCAGAAUUCAGAAAGUCAGAAUUCUGACUUUAAGUCAGAACUCAAAUAGAUUUUUCACCAGUGGCCCUAAUCCUCUUCCGUACAAAUACACCCCCCUCCCGCCAGUGCUCCUUUUUUACCGUCCCUCUUGCUCUCACUGCCUUUCUCUUUCUACAUCCAUACCCUUUCCCCUGUCCUGGGUACAAGCAUGAACACAACUGUUGCUGUUUGGCUGGAAUAAGGUUGUGUGGCUUGGUCCGACUCUGUCUGUUACCCUUUUACAGAGCCAAGGCUGCACACUCACGGACAGUAAGGAGAUAUUUGCUGAAUUUGACAAAAAGUUAAGUGGGAUAGAAUCACAGACUCCCACCUUGAGCCUGCCUGUUUAAAACCAUUCAAGAAGAGUAUAAACUUUCCAUGGUACAGUGUUUAAUCAUAAUGUAUUUUUAAGCAUGACAGAUACAUUAGACACAUUAAAUGUGGUCCGUUUACUUAAGCAGAGUUUGCAUCAAAUAAAUGCUAUUUUCUUUUCAUCUUCCUUUAUUCUGUGCUGAUAUUCUGUUUUUCUGAUUGAGAAGAUGUCUGGCCUUUAAGUGUGUGAUUGUUUAAUUCUUGAUUUUGUUAGUGAGAGAAACAAUCAUUAACAUUUGCCUUGGUCAACCCUAAAUAAUAAACUGCCACUGGUUUACUAUGGCUUAUUGAUUUCUGGUUUCCAAUUCAUAGUAGUUGUGCUUCCCCAAAGACCCCACCGAAAAAAACACAUGAAUUACGUGCCUGUGUUGCUAUAGUAAAAUCAUGCCAUUGUUUUUUAUCAUCUUGUGUAGCAUUCUUAUUCCAUUUGUUUCUCUUUGUUUUUAGAAGUGUGUGGCUGUGGAGUGAAUGUCAUCUUCCAUCUCAUAGGAAUACCACCUGCUUUAAAACCACACACAACUGCCAGGUAAAACACAGGAUCAUCUGGUACACAAUGUACACACACUGCCAAGCUUGUACUGCCUGAUGUCAUGCUGUCACGUUUGUGUUAGUAUUUGCAAUCCUAUGCUUAAUUCACCAUAGUUAAUUGGCUUAGCUGAAAUUUUGUGGGCAACCUUGAGCAUAUCUGCAGGCUACAUCUCUUGUCUCUACAUCCAGUACUGAGGUUAACACAGCCGCUAUAAUCAGAGUGUCCCUGGCUGGUAUACCACACACUGGUUUCUGGGUCACUUCUCAGCCCUCUGAGAGGGCCCUAUCCAAAUGAGCAACAGAGGAAGGCAGAGAGAGAGCGGAUGGGAGAGAGAGAGAGAGAGAGAGAGGCAAAGGUAUUUAUAGAAAAAUGGGGCUUCGCAGUACCUUUUCUUGCAAAGAACCAUUUCAGGACCGUGUUAGUGUGUCCCAGUUUUCUGAUCACCACUCAGCCAUAGGGUUUGGACUGAGGCUGAGACUGGACCACCUCACCCAGGAUGAAGAGCCUGACUUUCAGACACUAUACCCUCUUCACCGGCCUCCCUUUCCUUAGCUGCAGACUGCUGGUUCUCUGAUUGAGAACAGAGGGAGGCAUUGGCCCAGAUAACCUACAGAUGUGACCUUUUAGGUGCACUUGUUUUGCCUAGCUGGGUGAAGGCUUUUGGCGCCAGUGAGCUCAGGUAAGGAGCAGCACAAAGGUGUCCGAGGGCACUCUUUGGCUGCAUCAACCUCCAGGCCGGGGGCGAAGAGAGGCUGGCUGGAACGUGCCCUGCCGCAAGCCGGGCGAGGAUGAGGCGUUUCCUGAGCAGAAAGGGCCGCUUCUCCCUGCGCCAGAGCAAGUCUGGGACCCGGAGUGCCUCUAAAGAUUUCUACCUCGGCCUCCCAGCCACCAAUCAGAACUGGCCUGAGGCAUUUGGCUUCCGAUUAGGUGGCACUGGGCCCAGCUACAUCCUGUCUGUGGUGGAGGGCAGUAGUGCCUACCUGGCUGGCCUGCAGCCCGGGGACCAGGUGGUGGACAUUGAGGGCCAGGAUGUGACCAACCUCAGCACACCGGCACUGAUCGCUCUGGCUCAGACCCUCAAGACGGUACCACCCAGCAUCGGAGUGGUGUCACGGAUUGAACAGAUUGACAUCACUCCUGGCCCAGAUGGCCGUUUUGGGUUCACCAUCGUUGGAGACAGCCCUCUGAUGGUGGAGGACUGCAUGCCCAACGGUCCUGCUGGACGCAGUGGCCUCAAGGCUGGGGACUACGUCAUGGAGGUCAACGGCAUCCCAGUGAAGCAUCAUGAAACGGCAGCGGCCAUGAUCAAAGCAGCUCAGGGUCGCCCUCUGCGUCUGGGCGUGCUCAGUAUGGCCCGGCGGCCCAAGCGACUGAGCAGCAGCAUGAGGGUGUUGUCGCAGAGCGGGGACAGCAUCAGGGAGAGUCGCGCCCACAAGGCCAUGGAGUUUAAUAAGAAAGUGGAGGAAGUGCUAGGAGAGGAGCUAGAUGUGAAGGAACAUCUGUUUGAGGUGCUCAAGCAGUACGCUGCUGAGAGGGAUGUGGAUACUCUGGCUGAGGCCCUGCCCGACAUCUUGAUCACAGAGGAUCAUCAACAGCUGAUUGACAGCGUCAGGAUCUUCAUUCCCAAGAAGCACCGGGAGCGUUUUGACGAGGUGGUUUCCCAGAGCCUGAUGAGCCGGCUCAAAGGGCGGAGCUUCAGUGACCCUAGCCGCAACCACCUUCGCCGCAGCCGGAGUGAGGAUCACCCCGAACGCCUCCUGGUCUCCACCCGCGCCAGUUCAGUGCCACGCACCCAAGCAGAGGAAGGCAUGGUCCCCCCUGCCCGCGGCAUGCGCAAGACCACCUCACUCAUAGCUGGACACUCCAGUGGCACCACCACCAACUGUAGGACAGUGAGAGUGUGUAAGGGUAACACGAGUUUUGGCUUCACUCUUAGAGGCCAUGCUCCAGUGUGGAUUGACUCUGUCAUCCCUGGAAGCCCAGCAGACAAGGCAGGUCUAAAACCAGGAGACCGCAUCCUGUUUCUCAAUGGACUGGACAUGAGGACCUCCUCCCAUGAGAAGGUGGUGUCCAUGCUCCAGGGCAGUGGUGCCAUGCCCACUCUGGUAGUGGAGGAUGGUCCGCCUACUUUCACCCUGUCAGAGCAGGACCUCGCAGGGGGCGGUGUUCCCACAGAGCGUUCCCGCUCACCUGUGCUCAGCUCCUUGCAGUGGGUGGCAGAGAUUUUGCCCCCCAGUAUCCGGGUUCAGGGCCGCACCUUCGGACAGCAGCUGGAGCACCUGCUGACCAUCCAGGAGAGGUACACCAUCUGCAAGGCUCUGGAGAACUUCUUCCAGCACAGGAAUGUUGACACUCUGAUCGUGGAUGUGUUCCCGGUGCUGGAUACUCCAGCCAAACAGGUGAUCUGGCAGUUUGUUUACCAGCUGCUGACGUAUGAGGAACAGGAGCACUGCCAGAGCAAGAUCUCACGCUUUCUUGGAUACAAAGCGCCAGUUCCACCACCACCACCACCUCCUCCCCCUCCUCCGGAGCCCGAGGUUGCCCCCGAGCCCCAUCGACGUAGCAGCUCCAUGAGGGUGACAGGGACCACGUACAGGAGCAGUGUGAGGGGACGUAGCUCUGAUGACCUGGUCAUUGGCACACACUUGGGCCAGGGCUUCCGCGCAGAGAUGCUGCUGGAGACAGGGAUGAGGUUAGCUCCAGGAGAGAGACAGUCAGGAGAUGGUACUUCCCUUCCUGAGACUCCCAACAACCUCACCAAUCUGUCAGCGGUGUACGCUGAACUGGAGAACAUGUAUUCAACCAAGAGGUCCAAGUCUCUGAAGAGUCGUGCUCCUCCUGCUCCCGAGAGUUUGCUGGAUCUGGAGCCUCCCUCGCGCACAGCCUCCCCUACAGUACAUGCUAACACAGGUAGCCGUAAAGGCCCCCCACCCCCUACAUCAUGGCCGGAGCCUCUCCCCAGCCCCCCUACACCCCAGUUCUAUCCAUCAGGGCUGACGAGCCAGACCAGUGGUGAGUCCAAUCCCUACAUUAGCUUGGACAGUCCCCCUCCGUCACCUCCAGAGCCCUCUGACUUCCCAUCUAGUCCCCCCACCCACCGCAGCAACAAGCGGCGUUACACCUUCUCCAAACCACCACGCUCAGAAGACACAGAUCGCUUUCUGGAUGCACUGAGCGAGCAGCUGGGACAGAGAGUGGCCAUCAUUGAUGACUUCCUGACUCCGGAGAAUGACUACGAGGAGGAUGGUGUGCAGAUGGGCUUCCCAGAUGAGGAGGAUGAGGAUAAUGAAGAGGAGUUGGGGGUAGACGAGGAUGAAAAUGGAGGAUUUGUGGCUCCAGAGCUCAGCAGCCCGAGUGAUGUUCAAAGCAGCAGUGGAGAAGAGAAUGCCUCCUCCCUCACUUACUCUUCCUCCUCCGACCACAUCCCUCCACCCCCAAUGACCCCUCCGCCACCCCCUCCUGUUCAGUUCAAUGACCCUCCUCCUCCCCCUCCCCCUCCAGCACCUGCACAGUCUCAGUCUCCGCACCAACAACAGCAACAGCAACAGCUCAGCUACACCCCUGAACACUCCCCAAGAGCAUAUGUACCCAUCCGCCGAAAAUCUGGCCCCCCUCCCCCACCUCCACCCCGCAGUAAUCCACCACCUAAACGGCACUCCUUACAUAAAGUGCUGCCAACAAGAGAGGACCUUCAGGUCCAUGCUACCAUACAAGAGCUCAAAGCCUUCCAAGAGCAACAAGCAUAUAAGGAGAGGCAGGCGUAUGAGGAGCAGAAAGCCUUUGAAGAACAACAACUGUUCCAAGAGCAGCAGGCUUACAAGGAACAACAGGCCUAUCAGGAGAAAAUCUUCAAGGAGAGACAGGCUUAUGAAGAGCAAAAGGUAUAUGAGGAGCAAAAAGCUUUUGAAGAGCAACAAAUGUACCAGGAGCAACAAGCCUAUCAAGAAAGACAAGCAUAUGAACAGCGCCAAGCCUACCAAGAACAAAAAGCAUACGAACAGCGUCAAGCCUACAAGGAGCAAAAAGCAUUUGAGGAGCUUCAGUCCUACCAGGAGCAAAAAGCUUUUGAAGAGCGUAAAGCAUAUGAGGAGCAAAAAGCUUAUGAAGAGCUCCAGUCCUACGAGGAGCAACAAGCAUGUCAAGAGCAGCAGAUCUACCAGAGCCACCACUCGAUGCCGAACCAGCCAACACAGCAGAAAGCCCUCUCACCAUUGCCUCUCCAACAACUCCACCAGUCCUUACCCUCACUCCCCUCUCCAGACUCCACCCAUCAGCACCCUAACCAUCCUCUGUAUAUGAUGCGCCAAGCACAGCAGCAACAGGCCCACCAGAGUCAUCUCCUCCGACGUCAGUCCCGUUCAGCCCCACCGCCACACCAGCCACCGCCCCAACCAACAGUCCACCCCAGCCAACAAGGACCAUACGCUGAGGGCAUCUACCAAAGCCAUCAGGGCAUGAGACCACAGGCCCACCAUUCCUCUGCGGAGAUGCUCCACCAGUUGCAGCAAUUCCAGGCCCACCACUCAUCUGCUGAGAUGCUCCAGCAGAUGGAACAAGUCCAUGCACACUUCUCCUCAUCAGAAAUGCUCCACCAAAUGCAGAAAACCAAGGCACAUCAUUCCUCAACAGAGGUUCUGCACCAAGGUCACCAGAUGCAGCAAAUGCAGCCCCAUCACUCCUCGACCGAACUUCUCCAUCAAGCUCACCAGAUGCAUCGGGGACAAGUGCACCAUUCAUCCACUGAGCUGCUCCAUCAAAUGCACAAUCCCCAGGCCCACCACUCCUCCACUGAGCUGCUUCAUCAAGCCCACCAGAUGCACCAAACUAAGCCCCAUCACUCCUCCACAGAGCUUCUGCAUGAAGCCCAGCAAGAGCCUGCCUCCCUCCCAGUUCAGCUAACCCGGGACAGCCACUCCCAUCAGAGUCGGAGAAGUCUUAAAGGUCAUCAUCAGACCCAAGUGUCACAGCAAGGGAGACACCAAGAACAGCAGAUCCACCAAACCCAUCACCCCCAGCCCACCAAACCCUCUCCCCAAAGACCCCACUCUAUCCAGCAGACCCACCACCACUCCAGCACACCUCAGAUCCACCACAUCCACCAUAUGACCCCACAGCCCCCUCCGCAGGACUACCAACACCAGAUUCAUGUCAUCCACCCUCCCCAGCAGCCCCCCAGGCCUCAGCCCCUUCUCUCCACCUUUCAGCCCCUCCAGCCACACCAGCCCACCAUCUCCACCUUCCAGUCUCAACACUACCAAUCCCAGCACCAAGUUCAACCCUCCACUCAAGCCACCCGUCCACAGUCCCAGCCCUCACAUCACCUGCUGCAGUUGCAACACCAGCCCCAAACCCAGUCCCACAAUAAGCAAUCCCAUGGCCAAAGCCAGCCUCAGUCCCUCCCCCACUCGCUAUCUGACCCUUCAGAGCACCUGGAGCCCCCUCCACCUCCACCCCUGCCGCCACCCUGCUCCCCUCCACCCUUGCCCAGGCCUUCGCUCUCCAGGAUGGACUCCAACCACAUGAGUGUGAAGAGGCUGCGCUGGGAGCAGGUGGAAAACUCAGAGGGGACUAUCUGGGGACAGUUGGGAGCCAAUUCGGACUAUGACAAACUGCAUGACAUGGUGAAGUAUCUGGAUCUGGAGCUGCACUUUGGGACACAGAAGAGCUCCAUGCCUGUUCCAGAGCCAUCCCAUCUGCUAGAAACCUUUAAGAAGAAAGAUGUGAUUGAAAUUCUGUCCCAUAAAAAGGCCUACAAUGCCUCCAUCCUGAUAGCCCACCUAAAACUGUCUCCUGGUGAGUUGCGUCAAAUACUGAUGAACAUGGUCACUGAUAGGCUGGAGCCAGCCCACAUCAAACAGCUGCUACUCUAUGCCCCCGAUGCAGAGGAGGUAAAAAAGUACGAAGAAUACAGACAGGACCCCAGCAAACUCAGUGAGCCAGACCAGUUUGUGUUGCAGAUGUUAUCAGUACCAGAGUACCAGACCCGCCUGCAGAGCCUCCUCUUCAAGUGUUCUCUACAGGAGAAGACGGAGGAGUUGAGGGGAGCGUAUGACUGUCUCUACAAGGCUUCAAUGGAGCUGAAGACAAGCAAGAAGCUGGCUAAGAUACUAGAGUUUGUGUUGGCGAUGGGGAACUACUUGAAUAACAGCCAGCCUAAAACCAACAAGACUACAGGCUUUAAGAUCAACUUCCUUACAGAGUUGAGCACAACUAAAACAGUGGAUGGGAAGUCAACAUUUCUACAUAUUCUGGUCAAGUCGUUAUGUCACCACUUCCCUGAUGUUUUGGAUUUUUCCAAAGAUUUAACCAUGGUUCCUCUUGCUGCCAAAGUAAACCAGAGGACUAUCACAUCAGAUCUGAAUGACCUUCAUACAACUAUCCAGGACAUUCGCUCAGCCUGUCAGAAGAUGCCUGUGACAGCUGAGGACCGCUUUGCUGUCGCCAUGAGUAACUUCCUGGAAAACAGUCAUCCAGCAGUCCAGUCUCUGGAUUCCCUGCAACAGAGAGCUAUGGAGGAAUUCAGCAAAACUGCAUCUUUCUUUGGAGAAGACAGCAAAAGCACAAACACUGAGGCCUUCUUUGGUAUCUUUGCUGAGUUCAUUGGCAAAUUUGAGAAAGCUCUCAAUGAUCAGCAAGCUGCAGAAAACCAGAAGAGUCCCAGAAGUCCACGAAUGGCCUCCCCACUGGCCUGGUAACACACACAGAUGCAGAUGACUACAUACAGUAGUUCAUACAGUACAUACACAUGUCCACAGACACAUUCACACAUACUGUAUAUACUGUACAUGCACAAACACAUACACACCACUCAAUGCACAAUUCUAAGCAAAACAACAAGAUUUUGUGUGUUUAUGUGUUUUUGGUAAAAUGAAGGGAGGUAAGCUUUGACAUGAGGCAAAAAUAAAUGUCUUUUGCAUCAGGAUGGACGAUUUAGCUUUAUACCAGUGGUAUAGUAUAUACUAUAUAUCCUUUAAAAACAAGUUUUUGUUGAAGUCUAAAACUUUCAUUUCUACAAUAAGACUGCUACGUAGAAAACAACCACCUGUUUGUUUGGCUGUCAAGGUAUCUCUACUAUUUGAAAGACAGUUACUCAGUAACAUCCUGUAGUUGAAGUUUUCUUUCUCUAAGCCUGAGUGUAAGUGUUCUAUUACAAUUCUACAGUAAAAUCUUUCUUAUAUGUAUUCACGAAUAAGUCAUAGAUUUAACAAAAAUUAAUUUUAUCCUGGAAUAGAUAUUUAAUUAAAAUACAUUCACAUUCUCUUGGUGGUUUGGAAGAAAAACCACAAAAGCAGUUUUCCUGUUAAUUUACAUGUGUAUUUUUGUAAACCGCCCACCACACUGAAUGUAACAUAAGUUCUUUACUGACUUAUUUUCUCAAGUAAAUACUCAUUGAAAUCAUCUGUCUUGAUGACAGAUUGUUUCAUGUUCUGCUUUGUAUCUAUGCCUCACUGUCAGCGGAUUUUCCAAAUCCAUACCAUGUCAGUUAUAGCCAUAUCAUUUCUUUUUUUCUAAAUGGUAUUGUUCUAACCUCUAAUGUUAUUAACGUGAAUAUAUGAGACAACAUCAGUGCAAAGUUGGCACCUACUAUUUGUUUUUAUAAAAGACAAUUUUAACUGUUCCAAGGAUAAUUUUUCACUGGUUCAUACUCACGUUAAGUAGACGCGGGAUGAUGUGGCGCUACCAGCGGGCAGUGUGCAAUAUGUGAAUGUUGUGUUCCACUGUUGGAUAUUAUACUAAACAUUAUUACACUAUAUGAAACUAUAAUACAAUUAUAUUGUGUCUGUACUGUACAGAAUGAGAGUGGAUAUAAAUAAAACAGAUACAGAUUCUACAAUAUAUGAAGAACUUUGUAACUUUCAUGUGUUACCCAAAUAUUUCUUUUAUUGAUUGUGUCAUAUGGACUGACCAUAAAGUUAUACCGCUCAGAGGACAGCAAUGUCAUUAUGUUUAUUGUAGCAGAUGCAGCGGUUUGCAUACAAACAACUAAUAAUACAGCUUCUGAGAUGUGCCAGUGCUCUGUAAAACAUAAAUCUUAGUUGUCAAGUGAUAUUUUUUAAAUAGUAAGGCAAAUUAUUAUGAAAAAGGAUAAUGUGUGCAGCUAGUAAAAGCUUUGUUUUCUAAUGCUCCCAAGUUCCUUUUUUUCUGCUCAAAUUAAAGAAUGUAAACCUCUAAAGCAUUAAUGUCCAUUUAAGGCAUAUAAAGUAUUAAGUCUGUAUUUUGUAUUGUAUCCUAACAAUGUGGACAACUAUAAAUAGUGAAAUGAAAUCUG